AGGAGCCCAGUACUUGGCUUUUUAGGGUUUCACCUAAUAGCCGUCAUUCACCUCUUUCUCUCUCAUCAGUCCCUCACUCCCUCUCUCUCUCUCCUCUCCUCCCCGUCAUUCACUCUCUUUCUCUCAUUUCAAACUCAUGCCCUCUCCCCUCUCCUCCAUCAAUCUUCCCCUUAACAACAAGUGAAGGUCUCUAAACCUAACUAUUGAAGAACGAUUCUUGAUAAUUUGGGAUAUCUUUGCCGAAAAUUUCAACCAUUUUAGAUCGUGAGGGAAGCUCGAGGAAAACAAUUCCUCAGCGGGCACAGAAGGUGCAUUACAAACCAUCAAGCAGGCGGCUUGUCGUGAGAGCUUUUGCGAAGCAAAUUGCCUUUGACCAGGAUUCCAAGGCAGCCCUUCAGGCUGGCAUUGAUAAACUUGCUGAUGUUGUUGGACUUACCCUUGGUCCAAGAGGGUAGUAAUUAUGGAGUUACUAUUGCUCGAGCUAUUGAGCUUGCUUAUCCUAUGGAGAAUGUUGGUGCUGCCUUGAUAAGGGAGGUUGCCAGUAAAACAAAUGACUCAGUUGCUGAUGGACCUACAACUGCUUCUGUUCUUGCACGCGAGUUUAUCAGACAAGGUCUGCUCUGUGUUACCUCAGGUGCUAACCCUGUGUCUUUGAAAAGAGGAAUUGAUAAAACCAUCCAAGGAUUGAUAAAGGAACUUGAAAAGAGAGCCAGGCCAAUCAAUGGCCGCGAGGAUAAAGCUAUUGCCACUGUCUCUUUUGGAAAUGAUGAAUUGAUCGGAACCAUGAUUGUUGACGCUAUUGACAAAGUUGGCCCAGAUGGUGUUUUAUCCAUUGAGUCGUCAUCUUCCUUUGAGACAACUGUCGAAGUGGAAGAAGGAAUGGAGAUUGAUAGAGGGUAUAUAUCUCCACAGUUUGUUACCAAUCCUGAAAAAUCAAUUGUUGAAUUUGAAAAUGAUAGAGUCUUGAUAACUGACCAGAAGAUAUAUGCAAUUAAAUAUAUUAUCCCAUUAUUGGAAAUGACCACUCAAAUGAGAGCACCUUUGCUUAUUAUUGCUGAGGAUAUUACUGGAGAAACAUUGGCCACUCUAGUUGUUGUAGACAUCUACUUUUGGCCUCCUGUCCCGACAGGAAGUGCAAUGACGAUAAAUAAAAUUAUCUUCGUGCUAGAUUGAAGUGGAUAAUGCUUA